CUAAAGCGGCGCGUCAGUACCAGCGGCAGGAAUACUGCCGAGUCCAAAUGCGCAUUAGAGUUCCUUCUGUUCGAGGAGAGAGACGAUGAGGACUUUGCUUGGUGAACGAAAGGAAGGAAGAACGCGAAGUGGUACUCAACCGAGGAGGCUGGCAGAGAAACGGUGGAAUGAUUUUAGCCAGUCAGGCUUGACGCAUAAUCCUACCCCCGCCCCAGCCACACUGUUCGUUGGAGAGAGUCUUGCCUGCUUCAACUCAAAUCCUCACCAGAGGAGAUUUACAGAGGACUGCUGUCUGAUUCACACGCCCGCAUACCUGGGAAAGGCAAUGUCCUUGACCCAUUCCACUGCAGGGUAGAGGAGGUGGCACUAUAUGAAGACAUUUUGUCCAUUAGAAAUGACAUAGGCUAUUUUCGUCUUUUUUUUGUAAAGACACAAUUGGAUAGCUGUCAUUCCACUAUUUAAUGCGCACCGAGACUUGGAAGGAAGUUGCCAAUAUGGCUCUUUGAUCAUUCCGUUAUAGCUACCGGAGAGUUGGGGUCAUGAUGACAGCGCUCCCGCUGGUCUCGCCGCCCGCCUGCUGCUGAUGGUAACGUCUAGGAUGUCUUUUAACGGUCUCAGGAUCCAGAACCAACCAAUUUAUCAAUGGAGGAGGAGACUGACAACCCCAAGAUCAACAACAGCUUCCUACGCGACCACAACUAUGCCACAGAAGCUGACAUCAUCUCCACGGUGGAGUUUAACCCUUCAGGGGAGCUGCUGGCCACAGGGGACAAAGGAGGAAGAGUGGUGGUCUUCCAGAGAGAACAGGAGACUAAAAGCGAGCCCCAGAGGCGAGGGGAGUAUAACGUGUACAGUACGUUCCAGAGUCAUGAUCCAGAGUUUGACUACCUGAAGAGUCUGGAAGUAGAGGAGAAGAUCAACAAGAUCAGAUGGCUGCCACAGCAGAAUGCUGCUUACUUCCUCCUCUCCACCAACGAUAAGACAGUGAAGCUCUGGAAGAUUCGUGAGAGAGACAGACGACCGGAGGGAUACAACCUGAAGGAUGAAGACGGACGAAUCAGACACCCAUCCACAAUCACCUCACUACGGGUGCCUGUCCUCCAGAACUCAGAUCUGAUGGUUGAGGCAACAGCGCGGCGUGUGUUCAGUAACGCCCACACCUACCACAUCAACUCCAUCUCCGUGAACUCCGACUUCCAGACCUACAUCUCCACGGAUGACCUCAGGGUCAACCUGUGGAACCUGGAGAUCACUGACCAGAGCUUCAACAUCGUGGACAUUAAGCCGUGUAACAUGGAGGAUCUGACGGAGGUGAUUACUGCAGCGGAGUUUCAUCCUCAGCAGUGCAACACCUUGGCUUACAGCAGCAGUAGAGGGUCAGUACGACUCUGUGACAUGAGGAAACAAGCGCUCUGCGACACACACUGCAAGUUCUUUGAGGAGCCAGAGGACCCCUCCACUCGUUCAUUUUUCUCAGAGAUCAUCUCUUCCAUCUCAGACAUCAAGUUUAGUCAUAGCGGGCGCUUCUUGAUGACACGGGACUACCUGACGGUCAAGGUGUGGGACCUCAACAUGGAGACCAGACCGGUCCAGACAUACCAGGUCCAUGACUACCUGAGGGGUAAGCUGUGUUCUCUGUACGAGAACGACUGCAUCUUCGACAAGUUUGAGUGUGUCUGGAACGGGUCAGACAGUGUCAUUAUGACGGGGUCAUAUAAUAAUUUCUUCCGGAUGUUUGAUCGGAACACCAAGAAAGAUGUGACUCUGGAGGCUUCCAGAGAGAACAGCAAACCCCGGGCCAUCCUCAAACCACGCAAGGUGUGUGUGGGAGGGAAGCGUCGUAAAGACGAGGUGACUGUUGACAGUCUGGACUUCAGUAAGAAAAUCCUCCACUCCACCUGGCACCCACAGGAAAACAUCAUCGCCGUGGCAGCCAGUAACAACCUUUACAUCUUCCAGGACAAGGUCACCUAGGGGUCAGCUUACUUCUGACCUCUAACCCCUGACCCCAUGCAGGGGAAGAGAUGGAGGGAGAGACUGAGAGGAUGGAGAGAGCACUGGGGGGGGAGUUACAGAGACAGAAGAGGAGAGGGAUGGAGGAGAUGUACAGAGACAGAAGAGGAGAGGGAUGGAGGAGAGGUAGAGACAGAAGAGGAGAGGGAUGGAUGAGAGGUAGAGACAGAAGAGGAGAGGGAUGGAGGAGAUGUACAGAGACAGAAGAGGAGAGGGAUGGAGGAGAGGUAGAGACAGAAGAGGAGAGGGAUGGAUGAGAGGUAGAGACAGAAGAGGAGAGGGAUGGAGGAGAGGUACAGAGACAGAAGAGGAGAGGUAGAGACAGAAGAGGAGAGGGAUGGGGGAGAGUUACAGAGACAGAAGAGGCGAGGGAUGGAGGAGAGGUAGAGACAGAAGAGGAGAGGGAUGGAGGAGAGGUAGAGACAGAAGAGGAGAGGGAUGGAGGAGAGGUACAGAGACAGAAGAGGAGAGGUAGAGACAGAAGAGGAGAGGGAUGGGGGAGAGUUACAGAGACAGAAGAGGCGAGGGAUGGAGGAGAGGUAGAGACAGAAGAGGAGAGGGAUGGAGGAAAAGAGAAAGAGAGAUGGAUGUUUAUUUACCUCUUCACUAAGGGUUCCUCCUCCUCCUCUCCUCUUGCCUGCCUUGUUGCUGUGAGUCUGAUAUGGCUGGAGGGAAUGCUGGAAUUCAUGGAAUGGGAAUUUCCAGAACACACUUGGGAAUUCCCGCUCCAAAUGUGAGAGUGUUCAGCCUGGAUAAAGUUAGGAUGAAGACAGAUGCUUCUUCUAGGCCUGACUGGAAUGAAAUGAGUCACUUGCUCUGGCCUGCGCACGUCUCUCCAUGGACUUCAGUUAACUGUUUUAGUUUUUAAUUUGAGUGACACUUGAAGGAGCGUUGUCAUGCAACCAGAGUAAGACUGGACUGGAGUCACAGAUCAACUGAGAUGAAACUGAGACAUAGCAGAACACUCUAUCUGACCAGUCGCCAUUUUGUUUCCAUAACAAGAUAAGACAGAAGGCCACAUCUGUCCCAUCUGGAGGUUUAGACAGGAGAAUAUGGAGAGAACACAGACCUUUAUGAAGGUUACUGACGUAUCUCCUGUCCUCUCCAGCCACUAGGCCACAUCUGUCCCGUCUGGAGGUUGAGACAGGAGAAUAUGGAGAGAACACAGACCUUUAUGAAGGUUACUGAUGUAGCUCCUGUCCUCUCCAGCCACUAGGCCACAUCUGUCCCGUCUGGAGGUUUAGACAGGAGGUCACUGGACAUGGACAUGACUGUAACACAACUAACUGAACCUUAAUUAUAGCACUGAAACGGGUUUGACUCACAGUAUCCUCACUUGCAUACUACCAACUGUAAACCUGUGUGCUAAGUGUGGAUAUUGGGAGUGUGGAUGUUUUGGCCUGUUUCUGACAUGAUAAUAACGUGAAGGAUGUGAUGAGGACUCUGACAUUCAGGUGUUUAUUUUAUGUGAUGAUGUGUCUUUUUCUUGUCAAUGAUUCUGUUUUUGAAGCUGUGGUGCCUUUUUUGGUAUGUGGGGUUGGUGAGGGAGGAGGAGGAGGAUGGGGGGGAGGAUGAAGAGGGAGAUGAAAACAAUGCAAGUGUGAAUGUUUUUACUCAGAAAUAUAGGGGGAAAAAGCUAAGCAAAUUUAACUUACCAUUGAGAAGUACUUGAAUUCAUCGAGUUUACUUUAUAAUUUCAUUUUAGCAACUGACUGCACAUUUAUAAUUGCUGUUUUUUUAAUGCAUAUCCCUGUUUUGACCACUCACCAUGUAGUCUCACCAUGCAGUGGAUUAACAUAACCAGCUAAACGAGUCCUAUUCUAGCUCAGUAAAAGACAGCGGGUUCUGUGUCUCAUAACCAGGGCCCAGAGUUUUCCCUAUUCAGGUCACACAGUGAGGAACACCUCUGGGCCCUACUCCGAAUACAUCCAUAGGGCCCUACUCCGAAUACAUCCAUAGGGCCCUACUCCGAAUACAUUCAUAGGGCCCUACUCCGAAUACAUCCAUAGGGCCCUACUCCGAAUACAUCCAUAGGGCCCUACUCCGAAUACAUCCAUAGGGCCCUACUCCGAAUACAUCCAUAGGGUCCUACUCCGAAUACAUCCAUAGGGCCCUACUCCGAAUACAUCCAUAGGGUCCUACUCCGAAUACAUCCAUAGGGCCCUACUCCGAAUACAUCCAUAGGGCCCUACUCCGAAUACAUCCAUAGGGCCCUACUCCGAAUACAUCAAUAGGGUCCUACUCCGAAUACAUCCAUAGGGCCCUACUCCGAAUACAUCCAUAGGACCCUACUCCGAAUACAUCCAUAGGACCCUACUCCGAAUACAUCCAUAGGACCCUACUCCGAAUACAUCCAUAGGGCCCUACUCCGAAUACAUCCAUAGGGCCCUACUCUGAAUACAUCCAUAGGACCCUACUCCGAAUACAUCCAUAGGGCCCUACUCCGAAUACAUCCAUAGGGCCCUACUCCGAAUACAUCCAUAGGGCCCUACUCCGAAUACAUCCAUAGGGCCCUACUCCGAAUACAUCAAUAGGGCCCUACUCCGAAUACAUCCAUAGGGCCCUACUCCGAAUACAUCCAUAGGGCCCUACUCCGAAUACAUCCAUAGAACCCUACUCUGAAUACAUCCAUAGGGCCCUACUCUGAAUACAUCAAUAGGGCCCUACUCCGAAUACAUCCAUAGGACCCUACUCUGAAUACAUCCUUAGGACCCUACUCCGAAUACAUCCAUAGGGCCCUACUCCGAAUACAUCCAUAGGGCCCUACUCCGAAUACAUCCAUAGGACCCUACUCAGAAUACAUCCAUAGGACCCUACUCCGAAUACAUCCAUAGGGCCCUACUCCGAAUACAUCAAUAGGGCCCUACUCUGAAUACAUCAAUAGGACCCUACUCCGAAUACAUCAAUAGGGCCCUACUCCGAAUACAUCAAUAGGGCCCUACUCCGAAUACAUCAAUAGGACCCUACUCCGAAUACAUCAAUAGGACCCUACUCCGAAUACAUCAAUAGGACCCUACUCCGAAUACAUCAAUAGGACCCUACUCCGAAUACAUCAAUAGGAUCCUACUCCGAAUACAUCAAUAGGACCCUACUCCGAAUACAUCAAUAGGACCCUACUCCGAAUACAUCAAUAGGACCCUACUCCGAAUACAUCAAUAGGGCCCUACUCCGAAUACAUCAAUAGGACCCUACUCCGAAUACAUCAAUAGGGCCCUACUCCGAAUACAUCAAUAGGACCCUACUCCGAAUACAUCAAUAGGACCCUACUCCGAAUACAUCAAUAGGACCCUACUCCGAAUACAUCAAUAGGACCCUACUCCGAAUACAUCCAUAGGACCCUACUCCGAAUACAUCCAUAGGACCCUACUCCGAAUACAUCCAUAGGGCCCUACUCCGAAUACAUCAAUAGGACCCUACUCCGAAUACAUCCAUAGGACCCUACUCCGAAUACAUCCAUAGGGCCCUACUCUGAAUACAUCAAUAGGACCCUACUCCGAAUACAUCAAUAGGACCCUACUCCGAAUACAUCAAUAGGACCCUACUCCGAAUACAUCAAUAGGACCCUACUCCGAAUACAUCCAUAGGACCCUACUCCGAAUACAUCCAUAGGGCCCUACUCUGAAUACAUCAAUAGGACCCUACUCCGAAUACAUCAAUAGGACCCUACUCCGAAUACAUCAAUAGGACCCUACUCCGAAUACAUCAAUAGGACCCUACUCCGAAUACAUCAAUAGGACCCUACUCCGAAUACAUCCAUAGGACCCUACUCCGAAUACAUCCAUAGGGCCCUACUCCGAAUACAUCAAUAGGACCCUACUCCGAAUACAUCAAUAGGACCCUACUCCGAAUACAUCAAUAGGAGCCUACUCCGAAUACAUCAAUAGGGCCCUACUCCGAAUACAUCCAUAGGACCCUACUCCGAAUACAUCCAUAGGACCCUACUCCGAAUACAUCCAUAGGGCCCUACUCCGAAUACAUCAAUAGGGCCCUACUCCGAAUACAUCAAUAGGACCCUACUCCGAAUACAUCCAUAGGACCCUACUCCGAAUACAUCAAUAGGGCCCUACUCCGAAUACAUCAAUAGGGCCCUACUCCGAAUACAUCAAUAGGACCCUACUCCGAAUACAUCAAUAGGACCGUACUCCGAAUACAUCAAUAGGGCCCUACUCCGAAUACAUCCAUAGGACCCUACUCCGAAUACAUCCAUAGGACCCUACUCCGAAUACAUCCAUAGGGCCCUACUCCGAAUACAUCAAUAGGGCCCUACUCCGAAUACAUCAAUAGGACCCUACUCCGAAUACAUCCAUAGGACCCUACUCCGAAUACAUCAAUAGGGCCCUACUCCGAAUACAUCCAUAGGACCCUACUCCGAAUACAUCAAUAGGACCCUACUCCGAAUACAUCCAUAGGACCCUACUCCGAAUACAUCCAUAGGACCCUACUCCGAAUACAUCAAUAGGGCCCUACUCCGAAUACAUCCAUAGGGCCCUACUCCAAAUACAUGCAUAGGGCCCUACUCCGAAUACAUCCAUAGGACCCUACUCCGAAUACAUCCAUAGGGCCCUACUCCGAAUACAUCCAUAGGGCCCUACUCCGAAUACAUCCAUAGGGCCCUACUCCGAAUACAUCCAUAGGACCCUACUCUGAAUACAUCCAUAGGGCCCUACUCCGAAUACAUCCAUAGGACCCUACUCUGAAUACAUCCAUAGAAGUUCUCCAUGGCUGUGUUUCUCUUCUGUUCUUUGGGGUGAAGUUGACCCCAGAUGCUGAUCUUAGGUCAGUUUUGUGUUUUUAAGGUAAGGUUAGAAUUGGGGAAGGGGAAGCUGAUCCUAGAUAUGUGCCUACAGACAACUUCUAGCUGCAGUGUCCAACCAGAGAGGAUGGUAUCAUGACUUCAAGCUUAACAACCGGUGAUGAGGGCUCAAUGAUAUCAGUGACUUUUAGCUAUUAAUGCAUCACAAAUCACACCCCGUUCCCUUUUUCGGGCACUACUUCUGACCAGGGCUCAUAGGGCUCUGGUCAAAAGUAGUGCACUUUAUAGGGUAUAGGGUGUAAUUUGUGAGGUACACUAUGAUUCCUUUACAAAGUAAUGUCUUCUAAACAAAUUCAGUUGUGUAACUUGGAAACAGUUUGUAUGGCUCAGAAUGUCAUGAAAUGCAAGUAAUUUACCAUGCAGUCUUCACGCUUUCUGGAAUGAUUUUUUAUAAUAAAAGGUUUAG